CGGCAUUUCUGAGAUGCAGAUCUAGUCUGGAUGUCAGUGGUCAUGCUGUCAUGUAACAGCAGCUCUCUCUGCAGUGAGGUUGUGGCGCCAUGCUGGAAGGCUACAGCCCCGUGAGCCAGGCCCUGCUGGGCACCCUGUUCACCUGGGGCCUCACCGCCGCCGGGGCCGCCAUGGUGUUUGUCUUCUCCGGCCGACAGAAGCGCAUCUUGGAUGGAAGUCUGGGCUUUGCAGCUGGGGUGAUGCUGGCGGCUUCCUAUUGGUCGUUGCUGGCGCCGGCGAUCGGCAUGGCCGAGGAUUCUGGGAAGUACGGCUCGUUCGCUUUCGUGCCCGUCGCCGUGGGGUUCACGCUCGGGGCGGCCUUCGUCUACCUCGCCGACCUGGCCAUGCCCCUGCUGGGCGUCGGGGCCGACCCCCACGCGGCCUCGGCCCUCCCCGCCGAGUCCAAGGAGAAGGCGGACGGCGAGCCGUCGUUCCUGGACUCUGAUGAGAUGACCAUCCGGAUAGGUAGAGCCGCACCGCUCUCAGAUAAGAUGGAUAACGGAGACGCGUACCAGAGGAGGAGAGCGCCUCCUGCGGCCGGCGGCGCGGACGAACAGGAAGCGAGACGCAGGCGGUGCGAGGCGGUCGGCCAGGCGGCGAGCAGCUGGCGGCGAAUCGUCCUCCUCAUCCUCGCCAUCACCAUCCACAACAUCCCGGAGGGCUUGGCGGUGGGCGUCGGGUUCGGAGCCAUCGGAAAGACGUCAUCGGCUACUUUUGAGAGCGCCAGAAAUCUGGCCAUCGGUAUCGGCAUCCAGAAUUUCCCAGAAGGCCUUGCAGUGAGCCUGCCGCUGCGGGGUGCAGGGAUGUCCACGUGGAGGGCCUUCUGGUACGGCCAGCUCAGUGGGAUGGUGGAGCCCGUUGCCGGGCUGCUGGGGGCCGUUGCCGUGGUGCUGGCGGAGCCUCUGCUGCCGUACGCUCUGGCGUUUGCUGCCGGGGCGAUGGUCUACGUGGUGGUCGACGACAUCAUACCUGAGGCGCAACUCAGUGGCAACGGGAAGCUGGCGUCCUGGACCUGCAUCCUGGGCUUCGUGGUGAUGAUGUCACUGGACGUCGGGCUGGGCUGAGCCGCGAUGCCGCCACAUUCUUUUUUUAUUCCAAUGGAAACAAAUGAAGUGUUGUUUGUUUGUUGUUUGUUUGUUGUUUGUCUGAAGCGACGGGGACGGGAACUAUUUUAUAAAACAACUGUGAGGGAGAAACUUUAUUUUCACCAAACGUUUAAUUUAGAAUCAAUGAGUUUAUUUAAUGAGUCGUGAGUUCAGAUUCCUCUCGGGUGGUUUUGGUCGACGGGUCGACUCGGUUUAUCUCACGGUUUAAUUGUUUGUUUUGUUGUGUUUCGAUUUGUACAGAUGACUUGUUCAUGCAUCAUACACCACACCUUCCUCUUCUCCUUCAUCCUCCUCUUCACCAUCCUCUCCUCCAUCCUCCUCUUCCCCACCUUCCUCUCCUCCAGCUAGCGGUCUCAUUUCGACCAAUGCAGUGCCUUCUUCUUCGAGUCGUCUCCUCAGCCUGGCCUGUAGGUGGCAGUAGACUCAGUGGACUCUACCGCCACCUACAGGCCAGUCUGAGGAAUCGCACGUUGAGGUCACCUCUGAUGAUCCUAAGUAAACAUGUGAAGUAUCUUUGUCAUUAAACAACCGCGUGAUUCUCA